AUGAGUGUGUCUGUUGAGCAACAGAGAACAAGAUCCCUCCCCCUGAGUCUGGUAAUAGAUUGCUGGGCGCCGCCACAUACUGAAUCUGUGCCAGACUUCCUUACUAAUCUCAGACUGUCGGAUCUUUACAACCUUCCCGGUGUUUCUGUGCCAAUGAAUCCGAAGAUCUUUAGCGCAAUGAGAGCAGGGAACAUAUAUCUUCUGGAGAAUAUGAAAACCUCUGUAACACCAAUGACAUGUCUCAAGAACGAUAAAGGAGACUCCGUUCUUCACCUUGCUGCUGCUUUGGGCCAUGAUGAACUCGUGGAGAGGAUAAUCUCUGAAUGUCCAUCUCUGCUUUUGGAACAAAACUGGAAGGAUCAGAUCCCAAUCCAUGCUGCUGCGUAUGCUGGUCAUCUAGAUGUUGUCAAGACUCUUGUUGCAUCGAUAGCAUAUUUCUCAGGUAAGAUAUUAUCUGAAGAAGAGAGGGAGAGAUUUAAUGUAUAUGUUCUUAAGGACAUAGAUGGAGAUACUCCUCUGCAUGCAGCACUGAAGGGGGGUCAUCUAGAGACCGCUCUCUGCCUCGUAAAAGCAAACCACCUUGCAUCAUUUCUUCAGAAUAACGCAGGAAUAUCCCCCUUGUAUAUGGCUGUAGAAGCUGGAGGUCUAGCCCUAGUGAAGGAAAUGUUGAACAGUCUGUCUAGGAACGUCCAAGGCCAAGAAUCUAAUUUAGCCUCACGGUUUGAAGGGAGAAAAUCGCUUGUACACGCAGCUCUAAAGGCAAAGAAUACAGAUAUCCUUAAUGUUAUUCUUCAUGAAGAUCCAAGUCUUGGGGACGAGAAAGAUGAAGAAGGAAGGACUUGUCUUUCAGUGGGAGCAUUUGUAGGGUUUCGUGAAGGAGUAUGCAAUCUCUUAGACCGAUCAACCUCAAGCGUCUUUGAAUGCAACGGUGAUGGUUCUUUUCCAAUCCAUAUGGCAGUAGAGAAAGGUCAUAUGGAUGUUCUAGUAGAGAUGAUAAUACGUUGUCCAGAUUUGAUAGAGCUGCUAAACAAACAAGGUCAGAACAUUCUUCACAUUGCAGCAAAGAGUGGGGGAUAUGGGCAUCUAACCAUCAUAGAGCUCAUGAAAAGACUUUAUAGGGAGAAUAAUCAUCUGAUUGAGGAGCAAGAUGAGGAUGGGAAUACACCUCUGCAUCUAGCCACCAUAAAUUGGCGUCCUCGAAUGGUUAGGGAUCUUACUAAGUAUCCUUCAAACGCUACCAGACUCUUAAAAAUACAGAACAAAGAUGGCUUGAGAGCACUUGAUAUUGCAGAGUUAAAUCUACAAUCCAACUACAUCUUCAGGGAGAGAAUGACUUUGAUGGUCUUGUUAUCCGCUUACAAACCAAAAGGUUAUGAUAGGAUACCCCCAAGUGGGAUGACACUACGAAGCAGAUCAGAGCUCGCAGAUCCUAACAAGUACAAAGACCGUGUCAACGCCCUUCUAGUGGUGGCAACUCUUAUAGCUACAAUAACAUUUGCUGCGGGUAUUACAUUACCUGGAGGUUUAAACAGCUCUGGCAAAGCCAUUUUGGCCACUGAAUCCAAGUACGAUAUGUUUGUCGGCUUUAUGUUAUUUGACAUUAUAGCAAUGGUAAGCUCUAUUAUAGCAAUAAUUGCCCUUUUAUGGGCUCAGAUGGGAGAUCCAGAACUCGUUCACAAAGCCUUUCGAUUGGCCUUGCCAUCGCUGUCUAUGGCUUUAACCUCCAUGACGUUGGCAUUCCAAUGUGGCGUGAUGCUUACAACAAGUGGCAACCGUUUUAUUCUUUACUUCAUUGGCAUGAUACAAAUUCCCUUCUUUUUUGUGUUUGUUUUGGUCCUUGUCCCUUAUGUUGGCCAAGAAUAUGGACGCCAAUUUGGUAGGUCGAUGGAUAUGUGUCUAUGGAUUCUAUUGGCGCUUGUUACUGAAGACGAUGCUGAAACAUAUCACAACUCUGGCUCUUGUCAAACCCGUGGUUUGUGA